UAUGAUCCAACUUAUUUCCGUUGAAAUCAAUCUCCUUAUCUAUCCCCUUGUGUAUUAUUACUAAACGAACGCUAAACAAUGGCUUCCUCUAGUGCUUUGAAGGGUAUGUUUAUGAUCUCGCCUCUAGCGAAAGAAGGUUACGGUUCUAGUUUGCUUAAUCCAUCCGCAAAUGCAGCCGCCCAGCCAAGCAAGCGAAAGUUUACUGGUAUCGUGGCUGUCGCAAAGGAGAAUGCGGCUAAUGAAACCGUACAAAUAAAAAGAGUGAAUGGGGGACCGUCUACUGUCCUCAGGUAUACGGGGGAGAAACCGGCCACACCGAUCUUGGACACCAUCGAUGAACCAAUACAUAUGACAAGUCUUGGAGUCGAGGAACUCGAAAGACUGGCUGAUGAGCUUCGAGAAGAGAUCGUCUAUACGGUUUCUAAGACCGGGGGUCAUCUGAGCUCAAAUUUAGGAGUGGCCGAACUAACCGUCUCACUCCACCAUGUUUUCAACACCCCCAAGGACAAGAUCAUUUGGGAUGUUGGCCACCAGUCCUACCCACAUAAGAUAUUGACCGGGAGGCGAUCGAAAAUGGGGACAAUUCGACAAACAGGUGGACUUGCGGGUUUCCCAAAAAGAGAUGAGAGUAAACAUGACGCCUUUGGUGUUGGUCAUAGCUCGACUAGCAUUUCUGCGGGUUUAGGAAUGGCCGUUGGUCGAGACUUGUUGGGAAAAGACAACCAUGUAAUUGCGGUGAUUGGAGACGGAGCCAUGACUGCAGGACAAGCAUACGAAGCUAUGAACAAUGCUGGUGGUGUGGAGUCCAAUCUAAUCAUAGUUUUGAACGACAACCGCCAAGUCUCCCUUCCAACCGCGAAUCUUGAUGGUCCGUGCCCACCAGUUGGUGCUCUUAGUCGAUCCCUCACAAGGCUACAAACUAGUAGAAAGUUCCGCCAACUACGUGAAGUCGUUAAGGGGGUGACAAAGAAUUUAGGAGAACAAACACAUGAAGUAGCAGCCAAAAUGGACUCUUACAUGAGGGGAAUGAUGGGUGGUCAAGGAGCUUCAAUGUUUGAAGAGCUUGGGCUCUAUUAUGUUGGCCCUGUGGAUGGACACAAUGUUGAGGAUCUUGUCUAUGUUUUCAACAAGAUCAAGUCAAUGCCAAAUCCAGGACCAGUUCUAGUUCACAUUGUUACUGAGAAAGGCAAAGGCUACCCUCCAGCCGAAAUUGCAGACGAUAAGAUGCAUGGAGUUGUGAAAUUUGACACGCAAUCAGGGAAGCAGUUGAAAACAAAGGGUAAGACUGUAUCGUAUACACAAUAUUUUGCGGAUGCUUUGGUCGCUGAGGCCGAAAGAGAUGACCAAAUAGUUGCUAUUCAUGCGGCUAUGGGAGGAGGCACCGGUCUUAAUACGUUCGAAAAUAAGUUUCCAAAGAGGUGUUUCGAUGUUGGCAUAGCUGAGCAGCAUGCGGUCACCUUUGCUGCGGGUUUGGCAACCGAAGGGCUCAAACCAUUUUGUGCUAUUUAUUCUUCCUUUCUCCAAAGAGGUUACGAUCAAGUAGUUCAUGAUGUUGAUCUUCAAAAGCUUCCAGUGAGAUUCGCAUUGGAUCGGGCUGGUUUGGUAGGCGCGGAUGGUCCUACUCAUUGUGGUGCAUUUGAUACAACCUUUAUGGCCUGUUUACCAAACAUGGUGGUGAUGGCUCCUUCUGAUGAGUCCGAACUAAUGCAUAUGGUUGCAACAGCUGCGGCCAUAGAUGACCGUCCCAGCUGCUUUAGGUACCCCAGAGGCAAUGGCAUAGGCUCACUACUCCCACCAAAUAACAAAGGAACUCCACUUGAGGUUGGAAGAGGCAGAAUACUUAAGCAGGGAAGUAGAGUGGCCUUAUUGGGAUAUGGAACCAUAGUGCAAAGUUGUUUAGCCGCAAGCGAGCUUCUUAAAGAGCUUGGAAUCUCAGUGACAGUCGCAGAUGCACGAUUUUGCAAGCCGUUAGAUGGAAGAUUAAUAAGACAACUAGCGAAAGAACACGAGGUCCUCAUCACUCUUGAAGAAGGUUCCAUUGGAGGAUUCAGCUCACAUGUUGCACAUUACAUGGCCUUGAAUGGUUUACUUGAUGGAAACCUCAAGUGGAGGGCUAUGACAUUACCUGAUCGAUAUAUCGAACAUGGGGAUCAAACAUACCAGAUUGAGGAGGCCGGUCUUGCCCCAAAACAUAUUGCUGCACAAGUUUUAUCGUUAAUCGGAAAUAACAAGGAGAGUGUGCACCUUAUCAAUGUAUAGUUUACUGGACAACGCCAAAGCCUUUCAAGAGUCUCUUUUACCCAUAUACGACCAAAUCAGCUCAGUUAACCAUAAUGAAGCUAAAGUUAUAUCAAAUAAUUCCAUGGUGGAAUACAUGUAACAUGCAUAUUUGCUAAAUAUUCUUUAAUUGUGUAAUUUGUUGUUCUUUAAUAAACAAUGUGUUACCAA